GUGUAUCCCAUAGCUCACGUAUGCUGCGUAACGCACCUCACAAGGUAAUAGAAAGGUGGUGGACGCACGCCAAGAUUAAUGUGACGAAUACUGAAGUGUGUGAAGGCCAAGGUGAAGGCCGCGCUGCCUCCACGCUCAGGCCUCUUCUCUCCACCACAGGCUGCUGCUCAGGAGGAUGAGGACAAGCUUCAGACUGAAUCUGAAUUUCUUGGGGAAGUUCUUCUUGGCCAUCGUUAGUGUCUUUUCAUAUUGUGAAUAUGUCCAUUACUACGUAGUUCUGUCUCAGUGUGGAUGGCCGGCCCUUGAUCCCAGUGCAGCCGACCCGAGUGUGAGUGAUGCAGGGACACAGCUCCAUGCGAUGGUCCUGGCUGACACUCAUCUCCUGGGGCGCAGGAAUGGCCAUUGGUUUGAUAAGUUACGCAGGGAGUGGCAGAUGCACCGGGCUUUUCAGACUACCGUGACGCUUCACCAGCCAGAUGUCUUCAUAUUUCUGGGUGACCUAUUUGAUGAGGGCAAGUGGUGCCAACCAGAGGAAUUUGUGGAGUAUGUGGCACGCUUCCACAAACUCUUUGCAGUGCCAGAGGAUGCUGAUGUGUUGGUAGCAGUUGGCAACCAUGACAUUGGCUUCCAUUACAGUGUCAACCCGUACCUGCUGGACCGAUUCCAGCAUACAUUUGAUGUGGGGCCGGUGAAGCUUGUCCAGAUCGCUGGUGUCACUUUCAUCAUCCUGAACAGCAUGGCAAUGGAGGGAGAUGAGUGCUUUCUCUGCAAGCCCGCAAAGAACAAAGUAAAGGUCAUAUCAAGACAGCUGAAGUGUGCCAAAGGGGACAAAGAGGCUUGCAAGUACUGGCAGAAUCCUGUGUUGCAGCAGUUCAGCCGACCAGUGCUGCUACAGCACUACCCUCUGUACCGGGACUCUGACGCUGUGUGUGACGAGCCUGAUGAGGCGCCGGAGGACAUCAAGAACACCAGGUUCAGGGAGCGGUGGGAGUGCCUUUCCAGGGAUGCAUCAGAAAUGUUGCUGGAGGAGCUGUCCCCACGACUGGUGCUGAGUGGACACACCCACCAUGGCUGCCAUGUGGAGCAUCCCAUGCCUCACAGUCCACUAGUGCAUGAAUACACCAUCCCGUCCUUCUCCUGGAGAAACAAGAGGAGCCCCACGUUUUCCAUGCUAACAAUCUCCUCCAACAACUACUCUAUCUACAAGUGUCACAUGCCCCAGGAAGUCACUGUCCUUGCAAUCUAUGGCAUUGCAGUGGUGCUUCUCAUAGCAUGGAUUGUUCAUUUGAAACUCAGAUCCAAGGGUGUCCUCUAUGUCAAAGUAUCUAAGCAUUUAGACUAAUUUUCAUAUGAGAAUUUUGUACUUUUGUAAUAUGAUAAAAUGGGUUAGAAUUGUACAGCAUCAUGCAAAAGGGAAUAUUCUUACUCUUUGCUCAUGUACAUGCAUUUUGACAGUUACUCAUUACUGCUAAAGAAAUAUGUGAAAAUUGCAUGGUUUUGAGCUGCACAUAGAUAUCAGUUUCAGUUAUUUAUGUAUUACAUUCUUAAACUUGAAAAGAAUGUAUUGUUAUCAUCUUACUGCUAGAUGUGCUUUUCUACCCAUGGUGGAUCAGUCCAUGUUUCUCUGAAGCCUAAUUAUGAAUUGUUUACCAUAUCAUAAUGUAAGACCACUGGACACUGGUAGUGAGGGAUGUGUUGUAUGUUAGCUUCUUCACACCUUGGAAAAAGUUUACAUAUGAAAAUAUUAACUCUCAUUAGAACUGUGCUGAAAGGCAGCUGAUUGAAGACAGCUUGUGUCUGAUAGUGCAGUAUAAAUGUGGGGUGAACUUGAGGGCCUUGGCAGGAGGCUCUUCUUUAGUCUUAUCAGUUGAUUGGACUGAACGCAGGAAACAGGAUGGGUCUAUUAUGAUGAGGCAGGAAUGGACUGCUGUUGGCGCCAGUGUGAAGAGAUCCAGAUAUGCAUGUAUGAAUGACUCACAAAGUAAGGUACAGAGGCUCUGUCCUUUUUCCCCUUUUUAGAGGCCCAGAAACUAAGAUGGAUAGUAAUUUAAGUCUCAGGAAAUGGUUUCAGUAUGUGUGUGUAUUUAUUUACCUAGUUGUAUUUACCCAGUUGUGUUUUACAGGAAAAGAGCUAUGCUCGUGCUGUCCUGUCUCCAUAUCUAAAAGCAUCCAGCUUAACUUUAAAUUCAUUAAUAUUUUUUGCUUGUAUCACUGUUUCAUCUAAGUUGUUCCAUAUUUCUAUGCUUCUAUUUGGGAAACCAUAUUUCUUUACAUCUCUUCUAUUUGCUACUUUCUUCAAUUUCACUCCAUGUCCUCUUGUAUCUCUUGAGUCCCACACAAAUAAGUCUUCUUUGUCAACUUGAUCCUUACCCUUUAAAGCUCUGUAUAUAGCAAUCAGGUCUCCUCUUUCUCUUCUCUCUUGUAAUGAUGGAAGCUUCAGUCUUCUUAAUCUUUCUUCAUAGGCUAAAUCUCUCAAACUUGGUACCAAUUUGGUUGCAGCUCUUUGGAUCCUUUCUAUUUUCCUUAUUACCUUUUUAUCAUGGGGUGACCAAACAACUGUGGCAUAUUCCAGUUUUGGUCAAAUCACAUAUUCCAUCAUCUUUUUCAUCUCUUCAUCCAUGUAAGAACAUGCCCCUUUCAUCUUUCUUCCCCAACUAUUUUGUUUACAUGUUUUUCUGGUGAUAAAUUAUCACUGUUUGUAAUUCCCAAGUCUUUUUCUUCUUUGGUUUUCUUAAUUUUCACUUCUCCCAUGGUGUAGGAACUUGUCAAUCUUCUUUUGCUUUUUCCUAAUUCCAUCAACUUGCAUUUCUUUGCACUAAAUUCCAUUUCCCAUUUCUUACUCCAUCUAUAUAUCUUAUUUAGAUAUUUCCGUAAUAUUUCACAAUCCAUAUUGUUUUCCACUCUUUUCAAUAAUUUUGCAUCAUCUGCAAACAGACUUAUAUAACUGUCAACCUCAUCCACCAUAUCAUUGACAUACACCAGAAACAUUACAGGGGCUCAUUACAGGGGCCCCUGUGGUACUCCACUUGUAACUCUACACCAUUCUGAUUUUUCUCCCUUUAUUACUGUUCUCAUUUCUCUAUCCCUCAAGAAGUCUGUAAUCCAAUUCAGUGUGUUUCCUUGCAAACCCCCUAUAUUUUGAAUUAUCCAUAGCAGUCUCUGGUGUGUGUGUGUGUGUGUGUGUGUGUGUGUGUGUGUGUGUGUGUGUGUGUGUGUGUGUGUGUGUGUGUGUGUGUGUGUGUGUGUGUGUGUGUGUGUGUGUGUGUGUUGGUGAGUGGGUGUUUGUUGUCAGUGUUGUCUUACUUACUCAAUCCAGAAUAUAUAUAUAUAUAUAUAUAUAUAUAUAUAUAUAUAUAUAUAUAUAUAUAUAUAUAUAUAUAUAUAUAUAUAUAUAUAUAUAUAUAUAUAUAUAUAUAUAUAUAUAUAUAUAUAAUAAGACCAUAGUUAUUAGUAUAUUUGAGGUUCAUUUGUGUGAGCUGCCAUGAGUGUGACCAUAAUGUGAAUUCAAUAGUAGGAUUAAAAUUCACAUGUAUUUAGUUUGUUGUUGGGAGCAAUAUUAGUUAUUAAUUAUAUAUCAGAAAAAAAGUAGUGAUCAUUAGUGAUAAAAGGGAUUUAUAAAUCAUUAUAAUCUAUGUUUCAACUUAGUAAAUAUCUUGAAAUUUAAAAUAUGUGAGGUAGGAGGGCUAUCAGUUCCUGUAAUUACAUAUUAUAAGUCUUUCACUGGAGAACUGGCAUGCUAGUGAUAUAUUCUAGUCACAAAGUUGAUUACUAAAAUUGAUACCUUAACUAAGGUCCUUUUUGAGUUUUAAAUUUUCUUUCCUCCUUGUCACAAGUAAUUCAUGGUUUGCACAUCCUUUCCAUGUAUGUAAUUCAUUCUUAGCAUGCUUGAAUAAGAGUUCUAUUGUAAAAAAAAGGAGCACUAACAGUCAUUUCUUGUCUCAUCUCAGGUGCACCAGAUAUGUUUCAUAGUUGAUAUUGUGUGCAUUAGUUCUGUUAUCUUUUUAUCACGCUUUGUUGACCAUCCUGUGAUAAACAAAUUUUCCAUUCCUUGAUUAAUUGAUAUUAGUCUGUAUCUUAAAUAAAUAAUGAGAAAUCAUUAUGAUAAGGAUCUUGGGAAAGAGAUGCCAUCUCAUUUUUCACUGUUUUUCUUUGGUAAGAGAAUUAUAUAUUAGCAUAAGUAAAGGACAAUGUUUAAUGGCUUCUAGUUUUUUUUUUUUUUCUUUCUUUUCUUUUAGUUUAUCUUAAGGAUUAAGUCAUGAAAGAGAGCUGCCAGGAAUGGAGUCUCCUGACAGGACACUCAGUGUAUGCAUCUUACCAACUGAGUCAAGGAUGGACAUCAAGGCUUAGAGAGAGUUAAGAUGUCAUUGAGUGUUCUGUCAGUAUCUGGUUACAAAAUGGUAGCUUAUGAUGAACAUUGUAUACUGAUUAAGGCUAUUUUUAAUGCUCUCAUCUUAGUACCCUCCUUGCAUCUUUAUUAAAACAAUACUACCUUACCUUUGUAUGCAGACUGGAAAGUUAUGUUUUAUUAGGUCAUAACGCUAUGGAGAGAUACAAAUGUCAGAGAUGUUGAAAAUAGUACACUGAGAAAGUUCAACUAAUGACAAGAGCAAACGGCAUUUUUCUCCAUUAUACUGGCACAGCAUCCUAAUCUGUAGCUUUCCAUCACGUUCGUUGAUUGGUAUUGUACUGCAUACUCUGUGGCAUAUGAUGUUCAGCCAUGCAUCCUAGACUGUUGGGAUGAAACACUUCACCAUAAUUUGUUGACUUGUAGUCUCCAUUUGUGUCUUAUAACUGAGGAAUCAUGUGUUAUGUCCAUUUUUUGUAAGAGUUUUCUUCCCAUAAUUGUUGCUUCAUUAUAUGUAGUAAACAUAAAUAUGUAAGUUAGUAUUCCAGAAUCUUCUCAUAUUAGUAAUGUUUGAAUAAUUUUUUAUGCACCAUUAUGAUCUUUGACACAUAGAUAUUCAAGUGACAUUAUGAUAUAUUCUAUGGCCAGAUCCGAAAGCAGGUGUCGUAUUGAAUAAAGUUAAUGGAAGCAA